AUGGACAGAGCAAUGAUUCGAUUCAUCAUUCGAGCGCUCGAGAAAGAAAUUGACCAGAGCGACGAGCAGCUUGCUUCAGAUGAAGCUACUGGUUACGAUCAAGUCAAGCUUGACUUUCACAUUCCCGCCGUCUCAUUUAUGUCCAAUUACAAUGGGCGCGAAGUCUACGACGAAGUUAUGAUCAAGGGAAUGGGGGAUUGGAUAAGAAGUCAACUGCCAGAUGGAGCAAGAGAAUUCCAGAAUGGGGCUGAGCGAUGGUCGUUUUGGAGGAGAUGUCUGGAAGAGUUGUCUCAAGGAUAUCCCGAUGACGAAAUAAAGGUUGCUGCACAAGCAAGCUUGGAGUACAUGUCAUCGGGUGUUUCGCGUUACGAAACCUAG